CGCGAAGUCGUGACCUCAAACCGAAGACAGAAAUACACCCCAGAAGAUGAAUUCGCCGAAAAGGGGCCCAAGGAUAUUCCCGCGGAAACUUGUUGCUUUGAUGGCGUUGGAUUGCCGUGGUACCUUACUGAACCGACGUUGUCCUUUACCGAGAGAAACGCCGAGGCGAGGUGAGACGAUCGAAGGAAUAAAGCAUGGCGUACGCCACGACAGCGUGAGCUCGCGGAAUAUAAAUUAGACGAGACUCGCCUUGCUCUAAUCCCCACAAUGUCUGACCAAGACUUGGUUCGCAUCGACUAUGAAGGCCACUUUGCCAUCAUCACGCUCAACAACCCCAAAAAGUUCAAUUCUCUGACACAGACCUCUUACUACCGUCUGGCAAGCCUACUGAGAGAAGCCGAUAUGAACAAGGAUGUCUAUGUCACUCUGCUGAUAGGCGAAGGGUCCUUCUUCUCCGCAGGAGCCGAUCUCAAGUCUAGCGCCCCUUCUAUGGACGAGAUGCUGUCCCGCCCCUAUUGGCUUCCUAAGCUGGUGAACAACAACCUGGACGUCGCAAGAGCCUUCUACAGCCACUCCAAGAUCUUAGUGACCGCGUUGAAUGGGCCUGUAAUCGGUCUCUCAGCCGCGCUCAUCGCCCAUUCCGACUUCAUCUACUCAGUACCUGACGCAUACCUCUUGACCCCGUUUAGCUCUUUGGGCCUUGUUGCGGAGGGGGGCUCCAGUGUCGCCUUCGCGCACCGAAUGGGGCCUGGAAAGGCCAACGAGGCACUGAUCCUGGGCCGAAAGAUACCCGUCAACGAGCUUGUCCAAGUCGGCUUCGUCAACCAUGUCUUUGCGGAUAAGAAUAACUUCCGAGCUCAGGUGUUGGAAUAUCUGCGCCAGGCGUUCGGACCCCAUCUGGUUGGCUCCAGUUUGCUGGGGACCAAGGCCCUGAUGCGUCGCCGAGUCGUCCGGGAGCAGGAAGAAGUGGCUCCGCUGGAGACGUUCCAGGGCCUUGACCGUUUCUGCGAAGGGAUCCCACAGGAGGAGAUGGCCAAGGCCAUCGCUGGAGGCAAGAAGUCCCGCCUUUGA